GACUUCUACUGCUAAUGUCAUUCGCCGUGUCGGUGUGUAUGUGUGUGUGUGUGUACAAUUUGCUCUACUACUUUCGUUUUUUUAAAGUUCUGAAUCGGUUCAUUUUUGUGAUUGUUAGAGGCGGGAGCUUAUGUUUUUAUUACAGGAUCGUCGGGAGAGUUCUCUCCUAAAACUGAUUAAGAAGUAGUAAAAUAACCCAUUUCGAAAAUGAAUUCAAACGGAACAAAUGCCGAAGAAACCGACUGGAGUGAUGGAGGGAUUCCGGCUGUUCUGCAGGCAUCGACGGAGACCAGCUUGAAAUUUGCUUGCUUAGUGAGAUUCAUAGAAGCAAGUCAUGUUUCUCGAAAGGAAAUCCUUGAAGCUGUCCUUUAUCUGUUGGUCGGUGGCGAGUUUGACAUGGAGCUCAACUUCGUGAUCCAUGACGGGGAAUCGGUGGUCCACAUGCUGGCCUUUCUGGACAACUGUCCAUGCAACUUACAAGCGGAAAUAUGGAGCAUAUUCAUCGCCAUCCUACGCAAGAGUGUCCGCAACUUACAGGCUUGCACAGAAGUCGGCCUCAUCCAACCCGUUUUGGCACGUCUGAAAACGGCUGAGCCAAUUGUAGCUGAUCUCCUCGUCGAGGUAUUAGGCGUGUUGAGCAGUUACAGCAUCCGAGUAACAGAAUUGAAAUUACUAUUUCGGGCCAUGCGAGCUGUAAACGGUCGUUGGCCGCGUCAUUCUGUCAAGUUACUCCACGUUCUGAGGCAAAUGCCGUUACGAAGUGGACCGGAAGUUUUUAUAACAUUCCCUGGAAACAAAGGAUCGGCUUUAGUCUUGCCACCUAUGGCUAAGUGGCCGCAAGAAAACGGCUUCACGUUCACCACCUGGUUCCGACUUGAUCCCGUCAAUGCCGUCAACAUUGAGCGAGAGAAGCCCUACUUGUAUUGCUUCCGCACCAGUAAAGGUUUGGGUUACUCGGCCCACUUCGUCGGUAGCUGCUUGGUUUUGACCUCGACCAAGGUGAAAGGCAAGGGAUUCCAGCACUGUGUCCAGUACGAGUUCCAGCCGCGCAGAUGGUACAUGCUGGCCGUGGUCUACAUCUACAAUCGGUGGACCAAGAGCGAGAUCAAGUGUUUCGUCAACGGUCAACUCGCUUCAUCCACUGAAAUGACGUGGUCCAUCUCGACGGGGGAAGCCUUCGACAAGUGCCACAUCGGCGCCACCCCGGAGUUGGACGAUGACCGCCUUUUCUGCGGGCAAAUGGCGGCCGUUUAUCUCUUUAGCGAAGCUCUCUCCGCCCACCAAGUCUGUGCUAUGCACCGGCUCGGCCCGGGCUACAAGAGCCAAUUCCGUUUCGAGAAUGAGACUCCCGUUCACUUGCCGGACAACCACCGGCGCGUCUUGUACGAUGGGAAACUGGCCAACGCCAUCGUCUUCAUGUACAACGCCGUGGCCACGGACGGGCAACUUUGUUUACAAUCGGCUCCCAAAGGCAACCCGUCUUAUUUCGUCCACACCCCGCACGCGCUUAUGCUGUCCGGCGUCCAGGCCGUCAUCACCAAUUCGGUCCACAACACGCUCAACUCUAUCGGCGGCGUCCAACUGCUUUUCCCGCUCUUUACCCAGCUGGACCUGGCUGUGGAGAGUUCCGUCGCUGGCGAUGUCAAAGAGAAUGGAAUGGAAAGUCAAGACGAACGAGAUUACACGGUGUGCAGCAAACUGGUGGCUUUCCUCUGCGAGCUGAUCGAGAGUUCGCCAACGGUCCAGCAGCAGAUGAUGCAGAACCGGGGAUUCCUAGUGGUCAGCCACCUGCUGCAACGCCUGUCACGCAACCACCUGACGCUGGACGUCCUCAACGCCUUUUUGAACUUGACAAAGUUCCUGGUCACCUCGCCGUCGCCCAAUGCCGACAUCCUUUUGAAGCAGCUGCUGGACCACGUCCUAUUCAAUCCGUCGCUGUGGAUCUACGCGACGACGGAAGUGCAGACGCGACUCUACUCCUAUUUGGCCACGGAUUUCGUCCACGAUACGCACAUUUACACGACAGUCAGGCGAGUGUCGACAGUCCUGCAAACGGUUCACACGCUCAAGUAUUAUUAUUGGGUCGUGAAUCCUCGGUCGGCGUCGGGCAUCACGCCAAAGGGAUUGGACGGCAUCCGGCCGUCCCAAAAAGACGUGCUCACCAUCCGGGCAUUGAUCCUUCUCUUUCUGAAGCAGUUGACAAUGAUGGGAGACGGGAGCAAAGAAGAUGAACUUCAAAGCAUCCUCAACUACUUGACAACAAUGAACGAAGACGAGAACAUCCAGGAUGUAUUGCAAUUGUUAACUGCCCUGUUGGCUGAAUUUCCAGCAGCCAUGGUACCGGCUUUUGAUGCCAAACAGGGCGUAAGGGCCGUCUUCAAACUGGUGGGUUCUCCUAGCCAGUCAACAAGGCUGAUGGCAUUGAAAAUCCUCGGCUUCUUUUUGGCUCGAUCGACGCACAAGCGCAAGUACGACGUUAUGACGCCGCACAACUUACACAUGCUGCUCGCCGACCGGUUAUCGAUUCACGAAGAGUGCCUCACGUUACCCACCUACAACGUCCUUUAUGAAAUCCUCACAGAACAAGUGACGCAGCAGAUAUUGCGCGUACGUCAUUCAGAACCAGAGUCUCAUGUAAGAUUAGAGAAUCCCAUGAUUUUGAAAGUGAUGGCCACUCUGAUCCGCCAAUCGAAGCCGUCCGAGAGUCUGAUGGAAAUCAAAAAGAUCUUUUUGACGGACAUGGCGUUUUUGUGCAACAACAACCGUGAGAAUCGCCGGACCGUCUUGCAGAUGUCCGUCUGGCAAGAGUGGCUGAUAUCCAUGGCCUACAUCGUGCCCCGGACGGCCGAAGAACACUUGAUCUCAGACAUGGUCUACUCUCUCUUCCGCACGCUACUCCACCACGCCAUCAAAUAUGAAUACGGCGGAUGGCGCGUCUGGGUCGACACGCUGGCCAUCGUCCACUCGAAGGUUUCCUUCGAAGAGUUCAAGCUGCAAUUCGCCGACAUGUACGCUCACUACGAACGUCACCGGAGUGAUCACAUCACCGAUCCCGAGCUGCGUCAACAGCGGCCCGUCAGUACCAUCUCCGGCCAGAGAGAGUCUGCAGCUCUGGCGAACAAGGUCACCUCUGAUCCUGAUGUUAUGUCACCGGCGCCUAUAAUGGAAUUGACAGACGACGCUGGUCUAGCCGAUCCGCCGAUUGACUAUGACGAACACAUCACGUUAUCAUCGAAAAGUGAAAAAGGUUUCGAAGCGGAAGAAGCGAAGCUUCCCAAUCAACCUCCUGCUGAACAAGUUCCGGUGUGUGUAGACGAGCAAGUUGUCGCCACCGUCGAAUCAACGGAGCAGAAAAAGGAAAUUGUCAUGCCUGUCCAAGCGGAAGUCACCGAAGGCGAUGCGCACAGCCACGAUUCUCUUGUAGAGUCUUCCACUGGAAAAGUGGGAGCCGAUGGCGUGGAUCAAAAAAUCAAUGAAAUUCAGCGCGAUGUAGAAGGAGCAGAUGAGUUCGUAGUUCCUGAAGUUACCGAAGAAGACGAUGUCGAUGUUGUCGUGGAAAUGCCUGCGAAUCGUGAUAGUCCAAUUAAAUCUGAAGAGUUAAGCGUUGGAUCUGAAAAUGAAGACAAAGACCCUCUACUUUGUACCGUAUCUACAUCAGAAGAAAAAAUAGAUGUGGAAACUUUGAAAAACGAUAAAUCGGAUGAUGAAAGCAAAGAACUGGAACCCCCAGUUCCUUCUGAAAUAGAAGAAAAACAAGACGAGGAAAGAAUAAACUACACUGCGACUCAGUCGGCUGAUGAGGCAGACGGUAAAGAUGAAAAGUCUGAACCGGAUAUGGUAGAAGAGCAGAAAAUUAAGCCAGAUACAGUGGAACACAAACCGUUACAGACCGUAUCGGGAGCGCUUGAUUUACAACUGGAAGAAGAAGCAGAAGGCGAGAGUAUGCCGAGCUCUAUCGAAUCCAACAGUGCACGUGCCCAAGAUCAACCAGCUGUAUCUGAAUCUGCCCAAGUCCAAUCCGGCCCUGCAUCCAUGGAUGGUGUAGCCAUUGCAAAUGAUAGCCUUCCGAAAGAAGAUAACAAAGGACCGCAUCCAUCACCAGAAAAAUCACGUGAUCCAACCCCGAAAAAAGCCAAUAAAAAAGAAGGGGGUCGCGGUAAAACUUCGCAAACCUUCAGCCCAGGCCCUUCCCGUCCUCCAUUCCGGAUCCCCGAAUUCCGUUGGUCUUACGUUCAUCAGCGGUUGCUAUCGGAUUUGCUUGGUUCCAUCGAAGCCGAUUUGCACACGUGGAGAAAUCACAGCACCAAGUCGGUUCUGGAGUUUGUCAACAGCGGAGAGAGCGCCAUCUUUGUCGUCAACGCCGUCCAUUUGAUAUCGCAAUUGUCGGAUAAUCUGAUUAUCGCCUGUGGCGGUCUACUGCCUUUACUGGCUUCAGCUACCUCUCCCCACAGCGAACUGGAUAUCGUCGAGCCGACACAGGGACUCCCAGUUGAAGUAGCCGUCAGCUUUCUGCAGCGCCUCUCGGCCAUGGCCGAUCUACUUGUCUUUGCCUCUUCCAUCAACUUGUCAGAAUUGGAGUCUGAGAAGAACAUGGCCACUGGAGGCGUCCUCCGUCAGUGCCUGCGUUUGGUGUGCACUUGUGCCGUCCGGAAUUGUUUGGAGUGCAAAGAACGUACCCGGUUAGGCAGCUGGUUGCGUUGCAACGAGGAAUCGAAUUUAUCGCCAAGGGCGUCGCAUUUGGUAUCGCUCAUCAAGGGCGCUCAUUCCCACUUUAAACUUCACGCCCAGUCUGUGGAUGGCGAAGAAAUUCCUACCUAUGGUGGUCCAAUCCGCGAUGUGGAUCGAUUGCUUCAAGACUUGGACGUGAACCGUUUGAGAGCCGUCAUCUACCGCGACGUGGAGGAGACCAAACAAGCCCAGUUCCUUUCAUUGGCCAUUGUUUACUUCGUUUCGGUCCUCAUGGUCUCCAAGUACCGCGACAUUCUCGAACCGCCGUCAGCUGGAUUGAACAGUCCAGGAGCUAUUCACGAACCGGAAUAUAACUCAUCGUCAGCUCCGUGUCAAGCGCGGGGUUCAGGCCGUGAAUGGAUGCACGCCCAUGGCAGAACGUCUCAUCAUCAUCAACAGUCUGUGUCGAAUCAUCAGCACCCGCAAAUGUCCGUGCGUGUCAAGAACCACGUGUACGGACCAGAGCCCCUUCCGUGGCAACAGUCCUCCGCCAUGGGUCAUAAUGGAAAUGGAAUUCUGACGCCGGAUGAAGAACACGCAGCCGAAGAUGGAAGGAGUGGCGAAGAGGAAGUUAUUGAAAUAGACGAAAUGAAUUCGUCCGUCAUUAGCGAACGCCGGUCCGAGUCCAGUUUUAAAUCUGAGAAACCUACCAAAUCUACGACUUCUGCUUCUAACCCAAUUAUAUCCAAUAAUCGAGACAAUACUACAACUAAUUCUCCUGCUUCCAAGAAUGAAGGAGACGGUGUGUCCAUCCGGAGUGGCAAACUCGGCCCGGCUGAAACGUCGAGGACCGCAUCGGUUGUAAACGAAGACGAAACGUCCUGGACUGAUGUAAAUCUCGACGAACAGAGGGAAGAUCAACAGAGAUCAACAACCGGACCAGUGAGUGCCCAAGCUUUGGGGGGCCGCGGUAACCAUCAAGCAGGAGGGUCUUCUGUAGAAUCUGUGCUGAGACCGUUUAAUGUUCCAGCCUUGAACAGCAGCUCGUUGGUAUCGAGAGAAGCUUCGCUAACGCAACAAUUAGAAGCAGCUUUAGGAUCAGUUUGCCCGCUUUUGCGUGAAAUUAUGGUCGAUUUUGCUCCAUUCUUAUCCAAAACGUUGCUGGGAUCUCACGGCCAAGAGCUGCUGCUGGAAGGCAAAGGACUGAUUACGUUCAAGCAAAGUCAGUCGGUGGUGGAGUUGGUGAUGUUGUUGUGCUCACAAGAAUGGCAAAACUCGUUGCAGAAGAACGCGGGGCUUGCUUUCAUCGAGUUAAUCAACGAAGGACGACUGCUCUCUCACGCGAUGAAGGAUCACAUUGUCCGCGUCGCUAAUGAAGCCGAAUUCAUUCUAAACCGAAUGCGGGCCGAAGACGUUGUCAAACAUGCGGAUUUCGAGACGCAAUGUGCUCAGACGUUGCUGGAACGUCGCGAAGAAGAAGGGGUCUGUGACCACAUCAUUAGUGCAGCUCGUCGCCGCGACGCUUCAUCGGCGUUGCGAUUGGUUGACCGUAUAACGAACAUCAUCGUAUCGAAACAAGGUGCGUGGGCGCCGUCGUCGCCUAACGGCGAUGCCACGAGUUCGACGCCUCUUGAAUUUUGGCGCCUGGAUGCCUGGGAGGACGACUCUCGUCGGCGGAAGCGAAUGGUUCGCAAUCCGUUUGGAUCUAGCCAUCCGGAAGCCACGUUAAAAGCCGCUUUGGAACAUGGCGCCUCUGAGGCGACCGUCCUCCAGGCUGAGGAAGCAUUACACGCCCAAAUAGCCAAGAGCAAGCCGAAUUUGGCGCCGCUCCAGUCUCCUGAUUUACUGGACGAUGCCGAGCUCCUGGCCGAGGAUAGGGAAUUAGACGCUGAACUGACUGGUCCAGUUAAUUUGAGUAGCCGUGCCAAACUGAUUGCGCCGGGUGUCGUCGCGCCCGGUACGCUGUCCAUCACUUCAGCCGAACUCUAUUUUGAAGUCGACGAGGAAGACCCAGAGUUCCAGAAACACGACCAAGAGGUAUUAAAGUACUGCGAUAAUCUUCACGGCAAAUGGUAUUUUACGGAGAUACGAGCCAUCUUCACUCGCCGCUACCUGCUGCAGAAUGUGGCCAUCGAGAUCUUUUUGGCCAGCAGAACUUCGAUCCUGUUCGCCUUCCCCGACCAAGCCACCGUUAAAAGGAUCAUCAAAGUGCUGCCACCCGUCGGCGUUGGUGUUAAAUACGGCAUCCCGCAAUCAAGGCGAGCAUCGAUGAUGUCCUCUCGCCAACUGAUGCGAUCGUCCAACAUGACGCAGAAAUGGCAGCGUCGAGAGAUCUCCAAUUUCGAGUAUCUCAUGUUCCUCAACACCAUCGCAGGGCGGACUUACAACGAUUUGAGCCAGUAUCCGGUCUUUCCCUGGGUUUUAACCAACUACGAUUCCAACGAGUUGGAUCUGAGCCUACCCAGUAACUAUCGAGACCUGUCAAAGCCCAUCGGAGCUCUGAAUCCGAGCCGGAAGCAAUACUUUGAAGAGCGACAUGCCAACUGGGAGCACGACAGCAUCCCGCCCUUCCACUACGGCACACAUUACUCGACGUCCGCCUUCGCCAUGAAUUGGCUCUUGCGUCUCGAGCCGUACACGACCCUGUUUUUGAACCUGCAAGGUGGUAAAUUCGACUACCCCAACCGGUUGUUCACUUCGAUGGCUCUCGCCUGGCGCAAUUGCCAAAGAGAUACCUCCGAUGUCAAGGAGCUGAUUCCCGAGCUGUUUUACCUGCCAGAAUUGCUGGUCAACGCCAAUCAAUACCAAAUGGGGCAAACGGAAGACAACGUACCCGUUUCGGACGUGAUUCUACCUCGCUGGGCCAGCAGUCCGGAGGAAUUCAUUCGCAUUCAUCGGAUGGCGCUGGAAUCGGAGAUCGUGUCGUGCCAAUUACACCAGUGGAUCGAUCUUAUCUUUGGCUACAAACAGAAAGGUCCUGAAGCAGUACGGGCAACGAAUGUCUUCUAUUAUUUAACGUACGAAGGCAGCGUGGACCUGGAAAGUGUGGCCGAUCCUGUGACACGAGAGGCCAUUGAGAACCAAAUUCGAAGUUUUGGUCAAACUCCAUCGCAGUUACUGAUGGAGCCACAUCCGCCCCGCAGCUCAGCCAUGCAUUUGUCUCCAUUAAUGUUCAGCUCGGUGACAGAGGAUGUCUGCAUGUCGAUGAAAUUCCUGUCCAAUGCGGCAGUCGUCCACUUAUCUGCCAAUACGUAUCCCCAGUUACCUCUGCCGUCUGUUGUCUCCGUCCACGCCAAUUUGCAGUUCGCCCUCAACAGGUGGAAUCCUGCCUAUGCCGCUUCAGGAAACAAUUCCGGCUAUGUUGACAAUGCCCAAGCCGUCCUCGCCAAUUUGCCCCUCUCUAUGGACCCCGUUCUCUCUACCGUGACCAGCCAGAGUGGCUUCUUGGCCCGUCGCCAUCUAGGAGACAAUUUUAGCCAAAAAGUGCGGAUGCGCUCCAAUUGCUUCAUCACAACCGUCGACAGCCGAUUCCUGAUGGCCUGUGGAUUCUGGGACAACAGUUUCCGAGUUUUCACUACCGACACUGCCAAAAUUGCGCAAAUCGUAUACGGUCAUUUUGGUAUUGUGACGUGCCUGAGCCGCUCCGAGUGCAACAUUACAUCUGAUUGCUACAUCGCAUCAGGUUCGGAGGAUUGCACUGUCUUGUUGUGGCAUUGGAACGCUCGGACGCAAACCAUCGUUGGUGAAUCGGCCGACUGUCCAACACCUCGCGCGGCCUUGACUGGCCACGAGUCGGCAAUUACCAGUGUCGCCGUUUCAGCCGAAAUGGGCCUCGUCGUCAGCGGCAGUCAGGGUGGAUUGGUUUUGGUUCACACGACGUUUGGAGACCUACUGCGAUCGCUGGAACCGCGCGAAUCCUACGGCAGUCCGCAAAAUAUAGUCUUGUCUCGCGAGGCCUUGGCUGCCGUCCACUACCAGAAAGGCAACAUUGUCACGUACACUGUCAAUGGCAAAACGAUGCGACACGUGAACCAUUCGGAUAAUAUCCACUGUGUGGUGUUGACGCGAGAUGGUGAAUACUUAGUGACAGCUGGUGAACGAGGCAUCGUCGAAGUUUGGCGACUCUUCACGCUAGCGCUACUCUAUGCCUACCCGGCCUUUGAUAGUCCCGUCCGGUCACUGGCAUUGUCUCACGACAACAAGUACUUACUGGCAGGGUUGGCGACUGGGUCAAUUGUCGUCUUAAACGUGGAUUUCAAUAAAUGGCACCACGAGUAUCAACAACGCUACUAAAGAGA